UUCAUCCUUCCUCGUCUCCCAACACGGGCAGAGUAUGAAUCCACAGAACCUCCUACAGUCCCCAUUAAGCACCCAAAAAUGCACGCUUGGCUGCCCAAUCCUUGAUCGUUGUCUCCUCGGUGGCAUCCCCUGCAACUCCGUCACUGAGUUCGUCGCCGAGAGCGGUUCCGGCAAGACUCAGCUCUGCCUCCAACUCUGCCUCCACGCACAACUUCCUGUCUCUCGUGGCGGUCUCGCCGCUUCAUCUCUCUAUCUCCACACUGAAUUCCCAUUUCCAUUUCGCCGUCUUUACCAACUUUGCGAACCAUUUCGGUCUUUAAAUCCUCAUCUCUAUGCAAAUAACAAUGGCAGCCCGUGUGAUUUUGUUUACGUGCAGGCCGUGCAUUCUGCAGAUCAGCUGCUCGAUGAAAUGUCGAAGAUAGAGUUUUUCGUCAAGAAUUCAGAAAACAGAAUGCCUGUAAGGCUCAUUGUCAUUGAUUCUAUUGCCGCUGUAUUCAGAUCCGAAUUCGAUAACACUUUUUGUGAUCUCAAGAAGAGGUCUUCAUUGUUUUUCAAGAUAUCUGGAAAACUGAAGGAGUUGGCAAAGAGAUUUGAUAUGGCUGUUGUUGUGACGAACCAGGUGGUUGAUUUAGUGGCACCAAAUGAAGGGAUAAAUGGGUUGAGGUUGGGAAAUUUGGGAACUUUGUGUUCAUCAGGGAGACGGGUUACUCCUGCACUGGGUUUAGCUUGGGCCAACUGUGUGAAUUCCAGGUUGUUCUUGUCUAGGCAUGAGGAAAUCAUUGGUGAUAAGAAUGGAAAAGUUGAUGAAAAUGGCUGUGUUUUGUUGAGUAGAUUACCAGAGCAGCUGCAUGUUGUUUUUGCCCCUCAUUUACCAGACUCAUCUUGUGAAUUUAUGAUCACUAGAGAAGGAGUUUUUGGCGUUGAGAGACAGUAAUUUUCUGUUGUAGACGAUGAUAUUAUAUGAAAAAAGCUUUAUGUAUUGAAGGAUCAUCUGAAGGAAAGUGGGACUCCUCGAUUUUGUCUUAUUUAUGUGGGCAGUUGAGGAAAGAAGAGCAGUGUUCAUAGGUUCUCUCAAUCUCUCUUCUCAAUUCCCCAGUUUUUGUGUCUGUACUUGCAAUGAUGGCCUUACAGAUUAUUCUGUUCAGUAAUUCUCUUUCAUCCUGUAACUUGUUAGAUGCUUUGAAGAUGAAAAAAAAUUACAUCAAUAGAUUGCCCGAGUUCA